ACGAUUAUUGUGAAGGUGUAUAGAAAAGUCUAGUAGUCUGUGAGCCCGUACUUUAAGAUAAAAAGGAAGUUCUGUAUAUAAAAAAUAACUUUAUAAGGACGUAUAAUUAAUCAGACACUUCAACACCAUCAAACCACAACACCCUUGCGAAGAAACAAGAACUGAUUAGUAACCAAGUUAGUAAGGAGAAUUGAAGAUGUUGUUGCUGUAUGUGGCUAUAGCUGUUGUGACGUUUGUUGUGGUGAGGUACGUGAGGAGAAACAUUCAGUACAGGAAACUGUUUUUUCAGCUACCCAUAGCAGCGGAUUAUAGGUAUACUACGGGAACAUUGCACGCAUUCCCGGGGAACAAUGAGGAGGGCAUGGCGUUCAACUUCGUGAAGGCACAGAAAAACUGUUACUGUCAUGUGGAGUGGAUUGGACCAGUAACGCCAGUAAUCGUGGCCUACCAUCCAGAAUCGAUACGGCCCAUACUAAAAUCAUCAGCGGCCAAGUCACGUGGUUCCAUCCUGUCCACGCCCUACGACAUGGGCUUACGCUGGCUAGGCGAGGGCUUGCUGAUCUCCAACGGCGGGAAAUGGGCGAGAAGUCGUCGUCUGCUGACCCCCGCCUUCCAUUUCGACAUUCUCAAACAGUAUGUGGACAUUUACAACACGUGCGCUGACAUUAUGCUCAACAAAAUGCAAAAAUUGUCCAAGAAAAAAGAACCGUUUGACAUCUACUCACUCAUCAACUUGGAUGCUCUUGACGUCAUCCUGAGAUGUGCGUUUUCUUACCAGUCCAAUUGUCAGCUUGAUGAGUCAGUGAACUCAUAUUCCGCCGCUAUAGGAGAACUACAGGCUUUAUGGGCAGACAGGGCAAUAAAGCCCCGUUAUCACAUUGAGUUCCUGUACAGCUUCACGGAACACGGGAGAAAGUUCUACAAACUUUGUGACGUGGCACACGCCGUGGCGGAAGAAAUUAUCGCUAAAAGAAAGAAAGAAUUGGAGAGCUCUUCUGUGCAAGUCUCUAACAGGAAGGUCAAGGAUUUCUUAGACACACUUCUCACAGCACGAGAUGAAGACGGCAAUGGAAUGACGGCGUUAGAGAUACGAAACGAGGUGGACACUUUCUUGUUUGAAGGCCACGACACGACGGCCAGCGGGAUGACGUGGACACUGUACGAGCUGGCCAAACACCCAGAGCACCAGGAGAGGAUUUACGACGAGGUCAAGGACGUCUUGGACGGCAGGGAGCAUCUGGACUGGAAUGAUCUACCAAAGCUGGAGUUCACAACGAUGUGCAUCAAAGAGGGACUGAGGCUCCACUCAGCUGUUCCAUUUAUCGAGAGGACUACGGUAGAAGAGUGCGAGAUUAAUGGGCAUGUACUUCCGCCAGGGACCAGAGUUGCAAUCCAGCUGUGGAUACUACACCACAAUCCACACAUUUGGGAGGAUCCACACGUUUACAACCCAGAGAGGUUUCACCCAGACAACCAGGCCAACAUGGAUCCGUUCCAGUUCCUUCCGUUCUCCGCGGGGUCAAGAAACUGUAUAGGCCAGAACUUCGCUAUGAAUGAAAUGAAGACAACAAUAGCCAGAAUAAUUAGCAAAUUUAAGCUAUCUGUGGAUCAGAAGAAUGAAGUACGGCGAGUACCUAUCGUCACCAUGAAGCCAGAAAAUAAAGUCUUGCUGUUUGCUUCAGCCAGGGAUUAGCAAUAUAUGUGACGGGGUAGCAUUGUGAGAGGGUAGCACUGUAUGGCAGGAGGUAGCUCUGUCUGACAGAUGGUAGCACUGUCUGUAAGAGAGUAGUAUUUUUUCAGCAUUGUUAGAGGUAGCAUUGUUAGACGGCAGUACUGUCUGUCAGUGGGUAGCUUUGUUAGAGUGUAGCACUGUGUCAGAGGGUAGCACUGUCUGUAAGAGGGUACCACUUUUUUCAGCAUUGUUAGAGUUAGCAUUGUUAGAGUGUAGCUUUGUUAGGGGUAGCAUUGUUAGAGUGUAGCUUUGUUAGAGGUAGCAUUGUUAGAGUGUAGCUUUGUUAGAGUGUAGCAUUGUUAGAGUGUAGCAUUGUUAGAGUGUAGCUUUGUUAGAGGUAGCAUUGUUAGAGUGUAGCUUUGUUAGAGGUAGCAUUGUUAGGGUGUAGCUUUGUUAGAGGUAGCAUUGUUAGAGUGUAGCUUUGUUAGAGGUAGCAUUGUUAGAGUGUAGCAUUGUUAGAGUGUAGCA